AUGGCCGAAAAAGCUCCUCCCUCACUCGCGGCAGUGGCGGUGUCCUCCCUCAUUCUCGGCCUGCUGGCAGGCUACUUCAUUGGGCAAGGCAGUAGUAUCGGCGUAUUCGGUGGUUCGAGCGGUCCAACCGGACUCAAGAAGAGUUGGCCCAACAGCUACGACGUGAAAGUCCAUGCAGAUUCGAGCGACGAACAAGCAGAUGAUGAGGACGAGGAUGAAGACGAAGAUGAGGAAGGGGACGGAAACGAGCUCAAGGAUUUCAGAGAUUCCAAGGAAGAAGUCAAGCUGGUACUGGCGGUCAGGACGGAUCUAGGCAUGGGCAAAGGUAAGAUUGCUGCACAGUGUUCCCAUGCCACACUCGCCUGCUACAAGUACCUGGUCAACCAUCCGUCGUCUGCACCUCUGCUCAAACGCUGGGAAUGGGGAGGACAGCCCAAGAUCGCGGUACAGGCCAAAUCUGAGGAAGAGCUGGAAACGUUACAGGCACAAGCGAUGAGUCUUGGUCUCUGCGCAAGAAUCAUCCACGACGCAGGCAGGACACAGAUUGCAGCUGGAAGUGCUACGGUGUUGGGAGUCUUGGGACCCAAGAGCGUCGUUGACCAAGUGACGGGACAGUUGAAGUUGUUGUGA